UAAUACCGAAGAAGAAGGAGUAGCUAGCUUGGCUAACCAUAUCAGCGGUGCUGUGUGCCACAUUUUCGUGAAGCCUUUGAACAGCGUUGCCAUCCAGACCUUUUUGCCAAGACUGAGCCUGUUGGCUUGUACCUCCAGCUCUAGGACCAGACAUGGCACGUGGUCAUCAAAAAGUCCAGUCUCAGCAGAAGAAUGCCAAGAAACAAGCGGAAGCCAAGAAGGCCAAGGGACAUGAUCAGAAGACGGCCGCGAAGGCAGCUUUAGUGCACACCUGCGGUGUCUGCCUGUCACAGAUGCCGGACCCCAAAACCUUCAAGCAGCAUUUUGAGAGUAAACAUCCCAAAUCACCAAUGCCCCCAGAGCUGGUCGAUGUAGACUCUGGCAUCUGAUCCGGACUCCCACUGAAGACCCCAGCUAUGUUCCUUGUUUAAGGCAAACUGUCAAUGCAGAAAACAAACCCCUCUCUCUGAUCUACACCCUCAAACAGAAAACAAACCCCUCUCUCUGAUCUACACCCUCAAACAGAAAACAAACCCCUCUCUCUGAUCUACACCCUCAAACAGAAAACAAACCCCUCUCUCUGAUCUACACCCUCAAACAGAAAACAAACCUCUCUCUCUGAUCCACACCCUCAAACAGAAAACAAACCCCUCUCUCUGAUCUACACCCUCAAACAGAAAACAAACCCCUCUCUCUGAUCCACACCCUCAAACAGAAAACAAACCCCUCUCUCUGAUCCACACCCUCAAACAGAAAACAAACCCCUCUCUCUGAUCUACACCCUCAAACAGAAAACAAACCCCUCUCUCUGAUCUACACCCUCAAACAGAAAACAAACCUCUCUCUCUGAUCCACACCCUCAAACAGAAAACAAACCCCUCUCUCUGAUCUACACCCUCAAACAGAAAACAAACCCCUCUCUCUGAUCCACACCCUCAAACAGAAAACAAACCCCUCUCUCUGAUCCACACCCUCAAACAGAAAACAAACCCCUCUCUCUGAUCUACACCCUCAAACAGAAAACAAACCCCCUCUCUCUCUCUCUCUGAUCCACACCCUCAAACAGAAAACAAACCCCUCUCUCUGAUCCACACCCUCAAACAGAAAACAAACCCCUCUCUCUGAUCUACACCCUCAAACAGAAAACAAACCCCCUCUCUCUCUCUCUCUGAUCCACACCCUCAAACAGAAAACAAACCCCUCUCUCUGAUCCACACCCUCAAACAGAAAACAAACCCCUCUCUCUGAUCCACACCCUCAAACAGAAAACAAACCCCUCUCUCUGAUCCACACCCUCAAACAGAAAACAAACCCCUCUCUCUGAUCUACACCCUCAAACAGAAAACAAACCCCUCUCUCUGAUCUACACCCUCAAACAGAAAACAAACCCCUCUCUCUGAUCCACACCCUCAAACAGAAAACAAACCCCUCUCUCUGAUCCACACCCUCAAACAGAAAACAAACCCCUCUCUCUGAUCCACACCCUCAAACAGAAAACAAACCCCUCUCUCUGAUCUACACCCUCAAACAGAAAACAAACCCCCUCUCUCUCUCUCUCUGAUCCACACCCUCAAACAGAAAACAAACCCCUCUCUCUGAUCCACACCCUCAAACAGAAAACAAACCCCUCUCUCUGAUCUACACCCUCAAACAGAAAACAAACCCCUCUCUCUGAUCUACACCCUCAAACAGAAAACAAACCCCCUCUCUCUCUCUCUCUGAUCCACACCCUCAAACAGAAAACAAACCCCUCUCUCUGAUCCACACCCUCAAACAGAAAACAAACCCCUCUCUCUGAUCCACACCCUCAAACAGAAAACAAACCCCUCUCUCUCUCUCUCUCUCUCUGAUCCACACCCUCAAACAGAAAACAAACCCCUCUUGUUAAAUGCCUAAUGUCUCUUUGGUUGAUCUUUCAUCCUAGUUUCCAGUUUCUCCCAGUGGAUGACCUAGAAAUAGACACAAUCUCUUUCAUUGUUUCCUUUUAGUUUCUAAUUGAAUGUUGGCUAGAAUGGAGCAGAUGGCCAUUCCCAGCUGUGAGGUUGAUCCCUGAUCUGGUGUUGGGUCUGUAGCAUUCGUCUCUUCUAGCUCUAAUCAAUGCUUUGUUUUUGGCUCAUCAAACCCAUCAUUUUUGACAGCGAUGAUCCAAGCUGAAACGUGACUUUGUUUUCUAAUUCACAUUAAACUCCUCAGCAUAAUUUGUACACGUGGAAAAUGCAUUCAUGCCCCAAUGAUGUAAUAUAACAUUCAAUAAAGUUGGCUUUGUUUAGUA